CCAUUUUCUCUGCGUUUCUAAACUUCUCUUUCCUCUUUUUCUUUUCGUAUUUUCCAUUUUUUAAUCCCUCCUGAUUAUUUUCCUCUCUGUUUUGUUUUUCCCGGGAAACAGAAGGAAAAUUCCAUCUUUUUUGUUUAUUUUCCCGGAAGGAGAGAUUUUGUGAAUACCCAUCUUGAGCUAAAGAAGAUUAUAUAUAAACCCAUCUUAAAAAGAUACCUCUUUUCGGGUUUUGAGAAUCACCACUCAUCUCCCCUGUUUAGCUUUGCCGAAACUUUCUGGCAAUUAAGCUAACGGCAAAGUUGUUUUUUUUUUAUCUCUGUUGCACAUGGUUAUGUAAUUCAAUAGGGGAAUGAAUCAAAAGGUUCAUGCUUUCACUAGAUUCUAAAGCUAGGGUUGUUUGGGAACCUACCUACAUUAGCCUUUGAGAUUGGGUUUUUUAUGUCUAGCCAUGGAGUCUUCAAGAGAUGCUAUGAAAGGCUGUGACUAUUCACUUGAUGCAUAUUCUUCAGACCCUUUGACUAGAACGGUUGAAAGUGAGAACAUGUUGUUGUUACGAGGCUCUUAUGAUUCAUCUUCGAAUGAAUGUGCUGCUUUACUUGAGGAUCAUACUUCCCAAGGGAAGACAGUGAAAGAUCUUCACUUGGAGCUUGAAGAAGAGAGAAACGCAGCUGCAUCAGCAGCUAAUGAGACUAUGUCGAUGAUACUGAGGCUGCAGAGAGAGAAAGCUGAGAUACAGAUGGAAGCUAGGCAGUUCAAAGCGUUUGCCGAGGAGACAAUGAUGCAUGAACAAGAAAAAGUAUCGGCUUUGGAGGAGUUGGUGUAUGAGAAAGAGCAAGCUAUUGAGGCCUUGUCUUAUGAGGUUGAAGCUUACAAGGAUAAGUUGAUGAGCUAUGGGGUAACUGAAGCAGAGAUGCUUGGUUUUGGUAGAGACUUUGUUGAUGAUUACCCAUGUGAAUACACUUCUUUGAGAUGUAGUGUGGAGGAUGAAAACCUGAGUGAAUCAGAUGGUGAUGUUGAGGUUGUGGAGAAGGUGAUGGUUGGUCAGUCUCCAAGAUGGUCAUAUUAUGAUCCAAACUCGCCUUUGGGAACUGCUAAAGAAGUAAAGGGGACGUUUUACACAGACUCUCCUAUGUCUACUAGUAAUGCCAGAGUUUAUACCAUUGACUCAGUUCAUGUGGGAGAUUCUGAAGUUAAGAUCGACGACGAGUCUAGUAAGAUGAGCAAGGGAACGUUGGAUGGUGAUCACUGGAAGUCUCUGACUCAGCAAGGAGUUAAGGAGCCAGAUAUUGAGAAGCUAUACACAAGGCUUCAAGCACUUGAGGCUGAUAGGGAGUCAUUGAGACAGGUCAUUGUAUCGAUGCGGACUGACCAAGCUCAGCUGGUGUUGCUGAAAGAGAUCGCACAGCAUUUAUCAAAGGAAACUGUCGUCACAAGGCGAAACCCGGUUAGCAAAAUGCCAUUUUUGAAAGCAUUCUCUGUUGGAACGGUCUUCAAGUGGAUUGUGUCUUUCGUUGCUUGGAGAAGGAAAGCAAAGCCAAACAACAGGUAUGCGUACCAUCUGCCAGCAAACAAUAUGGGGAUGCUUAUGAUUCUGGGCGAGGGAUGUCCAACUAGAAGAUGGAAUUGCUUAACAAGCUCAUAUGUCUAGACAUUUAUUAGUUUUUCUCUCCUGGUAUAGCUAGUGCAAAUUGAAUGUACAUUUUUUCUUUAUUGCAAGACAUCAAAUCAAACAUGUAUGGAUGGUUCUGAUUCUUGUUGAAUACUAAAGUUAAUUGUAACAUGUUUUUGGAUAA